AUGUCGCACGAAACCGUCCAACGUGAGGACUUCUUGGAAGAUGGCUUUACACUUUCAUCAAGGACCAUUGCCGACUGGUAUAGCUACUGCAUAGAAGUGGUAGUAGUAUACCAGUUGGACCAUCAACAAUUCAGUGGCAAAAUUGGUGGUCCAGGCAAAACGGUCCAAGUUGAUGAAAGCAAAUUUGGCAAGAGAAAAUAUAAUAAAGGAAGGAGAGUUGAAGGUCAUUGGGUAUUGGGAAUAAUUGAAGAUGGCAAGGAGGAUCUUCGACUCGAGGUGUACCCGGACAACAUCAGAUCGGCAGACGUCUUAAUACCUCUUAUAAAGAAGCAUGUGCUGGAGGGAACUACAAUCCGUACGGACUUCUGGCGGGCUUAUGAUUGCCUUUCAGAACAUGGAUUCAUCCACAAGAAGGUCAACCAUAGUGACCCAGUGAAUCCAUUUGUUGCCGAAGAUGGUACACAUACUCAGCGAAUAGAGUCCCAGUGGAGGGUUCGCUUCUUUUACAAGGACAACUACAAUAACCCAGAAAACUUUGCACACGUUAUUGUGGAGUUUAUGUGGCGUCGAACUGUUGCCGCUGAAAAAAGAGACGCUUUCAUAGCUUUAAUUGAAGCUGUUAAAUAUGUUUAUAAGCUUGAAUAA